GAUUUGAUUAUGAACUCGAGAGGGCAGCAAACAAUGAGUUAUUUUGGUCUCUUUUCCGACGUCGUUUCAAGAAAACAAUAACAUAUUUCUGUGUCAAAUCUGGACGUGGAAAUUUUGAUCCAACAAUCAUUUAUCACCUCGAAUUGCUCAAGACCGGACUAUCAGGAUGGAUGAAAAGGCGGAUCAUGAUUCUGAUGGGAGUGCCAUUAAAAUCCAAGUGAAAACGGAACCACCAGACGAAGACAUACAGGACUAUGCAGAGGAUACAAUGAACGAAUUGCUGGCGAUUUACGGUUACAACGAGAAGGUGGAACAUGGUGUUACCCAGAAUAUGCAGCUAGCGCCAAAGUACCCCAAAGAAGAGCGCGGUCUUCGGAAGCGGCUGCUCAUGGCACACUCCAGCAAAGGCGAUGCGGCAAGUGAGUGUUCUGUUUCGGGGAACGUCACACCGGUGUCCGGUUCUGAUCCACAGUCCGCUGAAGAAGAACCUGUCUCACCGAGUAGCUCACAAGACAACACAGAGUUGCUUGAAGCUCUUCAAGAUGGCAAGUGCAGCAACAGAGACCAUAUUACCUGUGCUUGGUGCAAGAGUCCCGGCUUCAAGCAUUACACUCUCAACACGCAGACUGAGUCCAAAGCGUUCUGCAGUGAACGCUGCUUCGCGUCUUGUAGGAGGGCAUACUUCAAGCGGAACAAGGUAUGCGACUGGUGUCGCCACACGCGCCACCAGGAUUACAUCUACUUGAUCGAUGGAGAAAGGAGGUUACAGUUCUGUUCCUCGAAGUGCAUGAACCAGUACAAGAUGGAUUCCUACUACAAGGAUGGUCCCAGCGUGAGACGUAAAGUGGCCAAAGCUGCGACCAGUAGUGGAAGCAAGAGCAACGGGUCCGUGCCAGUGUCGCCCACCUUGCAGCAGCAGAGUUUAUCAGAACGGAACAGCCCAGAUACUGUCUCGCAGGAUGCUGCGUUUCACGAUUCCCAACCCAGCCCCUCCAACAUUCCUCUGUCUGGGGUGUUCCAGACGAAUUCCAGUUCUUCACAGUCCAUGAUGGGUAUGCCUCAACUCAGGCCAAGUGGAGUCUUUGGGGUGCAGACUGUCGUACCUCCGGCAAUGUCCUUCCGCCAGGUUGUUCCCAAAAUGCCAGUUGUCCAGGUAGUUGGGUCUGGAGGUGUGCCUUUAAAUUUGGUGCAAGGGCUUAAUCAAUCCUCAGCGUCUGGCUCACGUAAAGUGACUGGGCGUCUCAAUCCGCAGCAGUGGAGUAAUCUUCAAGGGGUCCAAGGUGUGUCCAGUUUCAAGAAGAUCCGACCAAAACCACAAAGCAACAGUGCUACCUUACCAAGUAGCACUGUGACUUCAUCUGCCAGCAACAAUGCACCAUUCACUAACCAAAAGCCCCGAAAAGACACACAAAGUAGUACUUCAACUCCAAGAGGAAAUUCUGUCCUGCCUCCUGUGACUGUCAUGGUCCCACAUCCUGUCUUUAUACCCAUUCCUGUCCCGAUUCCCAUUCCCAUUCCUGUGUGUAGAGAGGCUUAUGAAGCUGCAAUGGCAAAGAUCAAAGAGAACACUGCGGACACUGAACAGGAAGCGACAACCUCCUAUGAUCAUGAUGAGCAGCAGGAGAGGAAAUCGAAGAAGAGGAUAUCUGACAUGUUCACUAAUGGGAGCUCCCAUUUACCAUCAUCAAGCAGUACUGGGGCCUUUGUGCCCUACCGCAGUCACCAAGCAGAUUUGCGGGAUAAUGUAAGUAACAGUACUGAUGGCCACUCCAUGGAAGCCAUGUUAUCCAGCAGCAUGCAGACAUCUCUCACCAUCCCCUCCUCCUCUUCUGCCAGUGAGGCCUUGGAGUCCAGAUUGAGACUUCAACCUCAACGGCACCCAUCUCACAUCAGUACAGCCACGGUAGAAGCUAUGCACCGCUCCAUCAACUCACGCAUGCUGCGCCACAAGUGCCUGCAGAGGAGUGCCAGCAUGGACCUCAGCUUUGGCCGCUACAACACCCUCUCUGCUCUCACCGACUUCCUGGGCGAGAAACGCGGCUUCAAUCCCCACCUGCAUGGCUCUCCCGGAAACCGGGAACUAACUGCAGAUUCUCACGGACUCUCCACCAGAGCCAGCCACUCUGCCCUACCCACCAAAGGGGCAGGUGAGCUGUCUCCAAGCGUUCGAGAAGCACUCCGCUGCCACCUCACCCGUCGGCUGUCCCAGUCAGCACUUAACCUGACAGACGUUGGUCGAUACCCUGAGGAGGAUCAACUGCGCAGGAGCCAGAGCAUGAGUCGCCUCCAGGAAGACUCGGACAGUGGUCACCACCAUGAAAUGGAAGCCAUCAGCUCUCAUACAAGCCUUGAGAAGCUUGCUGAUACCAGUGAUUCCUCAGAGCAUAUUGACCCUCAAAUUUGUGCUGACGGUGGUGGGUCUCUGCAGAUGGACGAUUCAGGUUUGCAGCCUGCCAUCAAGAGGAGAUGCCUUGGUAGUCAAAACCAGAUUGACUAACCUAGAGCUGCAGUAUUUCUAAGUGGUCCUUUGCUUUCAGAUCCACCUGUGUAGCUACGUGUAGCUGUGCCUUUCACCUUGCACAAUUCAUUCAAUGUUUGUCUCCAAUUCGUUUAUUAGUGUGAAUCUGAACAGCUUGUCACAAGAAAAUCAAAAUCGAUGAUUCGUUGAUGUUUAAUGAUCUUGUAAUCAAUAUUGCAAAUGUCAUUGUGAUUAUUUUCAGCAUACCCUUCUUUCGUUUUUUUUCUUGAGACACAUUGUGAUCACUGAUGCCGAAUUCUGCAUGUACAUGUAGGUAACAUGAAUGACAGGUUAAAUGUCUAUUGCCCUUUAAACGUAUCUAGGCCGGGGGGGGGGGGGGCAUCGGAGGCCCUCCCCCUCAACAAUUUGCGCAAUUUUUUCGCCGCACAAAAUAUUUUGAACCCGCCGCUCGCUGACUUUUGACUUUCAAGUCUUGCGCAACUUUUGAGACCAAUUUUGCAUCACCCGGGUAGCAGACAACCCGCGUGCCAAUUUUCGGCGCGAUCGCGCGGUUGAUGGCCGAGAUCUCUAGGGGGGGCCUGGGAGGCCCCCCCCCCCCCCCCCCCCGGCCUUAUGAACUCCCAAAAUAUCCCGGCCUAGAUGGGAUUAAUACCGGAAAUAAAAGACAAUCAAGGUGAUAAAGGACUUCCAAAAUUCCAGCUACUGCUAUAAGAACGCACACACACAUAGUUUAACUCACAUGGCAGUUCUUAAAUUGUUUUGUGUUCGUCAUCCACUGCCAAAGUUCUGAGCAGACAUUGGAUAUGGAAGAUGUUUGUGUUAAAAAAAUGUUUGCAUUCAAGCACCACAGCAAAAAGAAAAAAAAAUAGCUUGAAUUUGAUGUGCACAGUCUUUUCUCGUGUUAUAGAACACCAAUGUGAUGUCAUGUGCAGUCUUUUGCCAUUGUGUAUGGUUCCAAAUCAGAUAUCCUCACACCAGGCAUAUAUGUCAGUAGAUAAGAGCUGGGGACAUUACCCCAAGUAACAAUUGUAAUCAGAGAUUCCUUGGGGUUCCUACGUGUAUAUUCAAAACUGUUAAGAACCAGUUAGUUGCUGUGUUUGACUUAGUUAUCGUUUAUUGGUUAAAGUGAGGUGAGUCAUGCUUAUUGCUUGCUUUACAUUGACAUUUGAUAUUUUUUCCCACCACAUUGAUUCACAAAUUACUUUUGUGUUACAUACUUGUACAUAAAACAGCAUGUUUAUUACCUACCAUCAACCAAAUUUGCUUCAAAUUUUAGCACUCAUCAGCAGC